AGAUCAGAGAGAGGAAACAACAUGGCCUUUUCCACCAAAAUAGUUCAACGAAUCUGAAACCGUCAAUUCACACAGAUCCAAUGGUUGCCAACUAUUAGGGUUUUGGAACAUUCUGGAACAAAAUGCCACUAUAAAAUCAGUCCCUUUAGGGCUAUUCUACUUCUCCAACGCUUCGUUUUGUAAACCCUAGUUCUCUCAAGUCUUUGUCUCUCUCCUCUUUCUCUCGACGACACUAUCAAAGGAGGAGAAGCAAUGGCCGGAAAAGGUGAGGGACCGGCGAUCGGAAUCGAUCUUGGAACGACUUACUCGUGCGUCGGUGUUUGGCAACACGACCGCGUUGAAAUCAUUGCCAACGAUCAGGGUAACAGAACGACGCCGUCUUAUGUUGGCUUCACUGACUCUGAGCGGUUGAUUGGUGAUGCUGCCAAGAACCAGGUCGCCAUGAACCCUUUGAAUACCGUCUUCGAUGCGAAGAGGUUGAUAGGGAGGAGAUUUAGUGAUGCCUCUGUGCAGAGUGACAUCAAGUUGUGGCCUUUCAAGCUCAUUCCUGGACCUGGUGACAAACCCAUGAUUGUAGUCAACUACAAGGGUGAGGAGAAGCAAUUUGCAGCUGAAGAGAUAUCUUCCAUGGUUCUUAUCAAGAUGCGUGAGAUUGCUGAGGCCUUCCUUGGUUCAACUGUGAAGAAUGCUGUGGUCACUGUCCCUGCAUACUUCAAUGAUUCUCAGCGGCAGGCCACCAAGGAUGCAGGUGUCAUUGCUGGUCUCAAUGUGAUGCGUAUCAUUAAUGAACCUACUGCUGCUGCCAUUGCUUAUGGUCUUGACAAGAAGGCGACUAGUGUCGGUGAGAAGAAUGUGUUGAUCUUCGACCUUGGUGGUGGUACUUUUGAUGUUUCUCUCCUCACCAUUGAGGAGGGUAUCUUUGAGGUCAAGGCCACCGCUGGAGACACCCACCUUGGAGGAGAAGAUUUUGACAACAGAAUGGUGAACCACUUUGUUCAAGAGUUUAAGAGGAAGCACAAGAAAGACAUCAGUGGCAACCCUAGGGCUCUCAGGAGGUUGAGGACUUCGUGUGAGAGGGCAAAGAGGACUCUCUCAUCCACUGCUCAGACCACCAUUGAGAUUGAUUCCUUGUAUGAAGGUAUUGAUUUCUAUUCCACCAUUACCCGAGCUAGAUUUGAGGAGCUCAACAUGGAUCUCUUCAGGAAGUGUAUGGAACCAGUUGAGAAGUGUUUGAGAGAUGCUAAGAUGGACAAGAGCACUAUCCACGAUGUUGUUCUUGUUGGUGGUUCUACCAGGAUUCCCAAGGUUCAGCAGCUAUUGCAGGACUUUUUCAAUGGGAAGGAGCUCUGCAAGAGCAUCAACCCUGAUGAGGCUGUGGCUUAUGGUGCUGCUGUUCAAGCUGCCAUUUUGAGUGGUGAGGGCAAUGAGAAGGUGCAAGACCUCCUGCUCUUGGAUGUCACACCUCUUUCCCUUGGUUUGGAAACUGCUGGUGGUGUUAUGACAGUGUUGAUUCCCAGGAACACCACUAUUCCCACAAAGAAGGAGCAGGUAUUCUCUACCUACUCUGAUAACCAGCCUGGUGUCUUGAUUCAGGUUUAUGAAGGUGAGAGGACUAGGACCAGGGAUAACAACUUGCUGGGUAAAUUUGAGCUUUCUGGUAUCCCUCCUGCUCCUAGGGGUGUUCCUCAGAUCACAGUGUGCUUUGACAUUGAUGCCAAUGGUAUACUGAAUGUGUCUGCUGAGGACAAGACUACAGGACAGAAGAAUAAGAUCACCAUUACCAACGACAAGGGUAGACUUUCAAAGGAGGAGAUUGAGAAGAUGGUUCAGGAAGCAGAGAAGUACAAGUCUGAGGACGAAGAGCACAAGAAGAAGGUUGAGGCAAAGAAUGCUUUGGAGAACUACUCCUACAACAUGAGGAACACUGUGAAGGAUGAGAAGAUCGGCUCCAAGCUUACCCCAGCUGAUAAGAAGAAGAUCGAGGAUGCGAUUGACCAGGCCAUUCAGUGGCUAGAUGCUAACCAGCUUGCUGAGGCAGAUGAGUUCGAGGACAAGAUGAAGGAGCUGGAGAGCAUCUGCAACCCCAUCAUUGCCAAGAUGUACCAGGAGGGUGCAGGUGGUGACAUGGGUGGUGCCAUGGAUGAUGAUGGUCCUGCUGCCGGUGGUAGCAGUGCUGGUCCUGGUGCUGGUCCUAAGAUUGAGGAAGUGGACUAAGAUGUUUGUUGUUCUCUCUGUUGGGGUUUUUCUAGUAUUUGGGAUAUUGAUUUAUAAGUUAAUGCGCUCAUCCAACUUUCUUAUUUUGGAUAAUUUUGAUGUUUUCAUUUUGGGCUCUGAAAGUAAUGUUUUGUUUAUUCAAAGCCCCACAUUGAAGCUAACAUAAUGGCUUCUAGAUUUCCGUUUCUCUUAAUGCUAAUAUACUAUUUGGUUUUCAACAUGAGCAUUAUGAAUGUCGUUAUGUU